AUGCCCGCCAUGUCUGCGCAAACAUACGCUCAGCGGGCACAGAAACAUGCCAACCCUGCUGCACGCCAAUUACUGGAGACGAUAGAGCGAAAGCAGACGAACCUCUGCGUCAGCGUAGAUGUCAUCAAAAAGGCGGAUUUCCUGGCUAUCAUCGACGCCGUCGGGCCAUUCGUCUGUCUGAUCAAGGCAACCGGUACUCAUGUCGACAUUCUCGAAGACUUCGACGAGACGAUUAUCAAGGAUCUACAGGAGCUGAGCGUAAAGCAUGACUUCUUGAUAUUCGAGGACAGGAAGUUCGCCGACAUAGGCAAUACGGUUUCACUGCAGUAUUCGAGCGGUGUUCACAAGAUUGCAAGCUGGUCACACAUCACCAAUGCCCACCCCGUCCCCGGUCCAUCGAUCAUCACCGGACUCGGCGUUAUAGGACGUCCGCUAGGCCGCGGGCUCUUGCUCCUUGCUGAGAUGAGCACCAAGGGGUCUUUGGCGACCGGCGCGUACACAGAAGAAGCUGUACGCAUGGCUCGCGCUGCUCCGGACUUCGUCGUCGGUUUUAUCGCGCAACGGCGCAUGGAGGGCAUCGGAGCUACCGGAACGGAGAGUAAUGUCGAAGAGGAAGACUUCUUAGUGCUCACUCCUGGCGUCGGCCUGGAUGUGAAAGGCGACACCAUGGGCCAGCAAUAUAGGACGCCCAAGCAAGUGGUCCUAGAGUCGGGGUGCGAUGUCAUCAUCGUUGGGAGGGGUAUCUAUGGCAAGACGCCCAUAGACAUAAAUUAUGUCCACACACAAGCAGAACGGUACCGGAAAGAAGGAUGGUCGGCCUAUCAGGAACGCUUGCAGCUGUCGUCGUCGUAG